AAAUCAGAAACUAGAAGACGAAGACGAAGACGUAAAAAAUCUAAGAAAAACUGUACUAUGGCCACAGAUACUACGUACACCCAGACCCAGAUUUCCAAUAAAACGGUACCAAAUCAAAUGCCUCUCCAGAGUCAGAAAUCUUAUUUUGAAAAAACCGCCCCGGUUUGUACUCCGAUUCAUCAAUCUACUUCGACACUAACAACCAAAGUUAGUACCCUGUCUCAGAAAUCCGAUACCUUAACAACAGCCACGGUUUGUACUUCAAGCCACAAAUUAACUCCAGUAACAACAGCGCUGCUAAGUUCUAUGUCACAAAAUUCUUCCAUAUCAACGAACCCAGUUUGUACUUCGUCUCAGAAUUCUUCUACCAGAAGAAUAGUCCCAGUUUGUACUUCGUCUCACAAUUCUUCUACCAGAACAAUAGCCCCGGUUUGUACUUCGUCUCAGAAUUCUUCUACCAGAACAAAAGUCCCGGUUUGUACUUCGUCUAAGAGAAUUACUUCAAUUACUUCACUGGAUUGUCGUCCGUGUCAGAAAUCUACAACAAUAACAACAAUGCCAGUUACUUCUCUGCAUAAGAAAACUUCUUCUAUUGCAACAAACCCGCUGUGUAAUCGGUCACAAAACACUUCUUUUAUCCUAAAAACCCCGGUAAGUAUUUCGUCUCCAAAAAUUACUACAAUAACAACAGCCCGAUCCGAUGCCUUAACAACAGCCACGGUAAGUUGUGUGCCUCAGAAAACGUCCACCAUUACAACAGCCACGGUAAGUUGUGUGCCUCAGGAAACGUCCACCAUUACAUCAGCCACGGUAAGUUGUGUGCCUCAGAAAACGUCCACCAUUACAUCAGCCACGGUAAGUUGUGUGUCUCAGGAAACGUCCACCAUUACAUCAGCCACGGGAAGUUGUGUGCCUCAGGAAACGUCCACCAUUACAUCAGCCACGGUAAGUUGUGUGCCUCAGGAAACGUCCACCAUUACAUCAGCCGCGGUAAGUUGUGUGCCUCAGGAAACGUCCACCAUUACAUCAGCCACGGUAAGUUGUGUGCCUCAGGAAACGUCCACCAUUACAUCAGCCGCGGUUUGUACUUCGCCUCAGAAAAUUACUUCCAUAACAACAACUGUUUGUAGUCCGUCCAUUAGAUCUACUUCAAUGACGACAGCCCUGGUUUUUACUCUGAGUAAAACAUCAACUUCGAUGGUAACAGCUCAGAAUUUUUCUACCAUGCAAACAGCCCUGGUUAGUACUCCGUCUCAGAAAUUUAAUUCGAUAACAACAGCCCUAGUUAGUACUCCGUCUCAGAAAUCUAAUUCGAUAACAACAACCCUAGUUAGUACUCCGUCUCAGAAAUCUACUCCAAUGGCAACAGCACCAGUUUGUACUUCAUCUCAGUAUUCUACUUUAUCUACUUCACAGACAACGACCACAGUUCUUACACCGACUUCUUCUAUUGUAUCAGCCCUAUCUCAAAAAUCUGGUUUAGUAGAAUUGGAAUUAGUUACAACAAAACUCCACUCUCAAACACCAUUUUCAUUAGAAAGAGCUAUAAUAAGUGGUAGGUCUAAGACAGCAUAUAUAACUUCGGUUAGUUCUCCGUAUUCGAAAUCAACUUUUGUAGAAACAGAAUCGGUUAGUGCCAAAAUUCCACAAUCUUCUUCUGUAGACGAAGUAUCGAUUAGUACCAAACCUUCCCAAUCUUCUUCUGUAGACGUAGUAUCGAUCAGUACCAAACCUUCACAAUCUUCUUCUGUAGACGUAGUGUCGAUCAGUACCAAACUUUCACAAUCUUCUUCUGUAGACGAAGUUUCGAUCAGUACCAAACCUUCACAAUCUUCUUCAGUAGACGUUGUAUCGGUUAGUACCACAGGUCGGAAAUCGUCUACAGUACAUCCCAUUGUCCGUUCUAACUUAACGGAUGCCAUACCAUCGACACAGUCAAACGUUGCUGUUCAUAAAACACAUACAACGCAACCCAACACAUUUAGCACAAUCACACCUACAUAUCCAUCCAAUCAAUCUAUUGCUGUAAGAGUUUGUUCCUUGUCCAAAACCGAAUCCACAUACAACCAAGACGACGAUCCCUCUAGUUCCAGACACGAUACAAAAUGUCAAAAUAAGAACGACCAAUUGUUGCAAGCACACUGUUCCGAAGAGGGGACUCGUGAAACAAUCGGUAAACUGAGUUCCGAUUGUGACGCGAAAACACCAGCACGCCAACAAGAUGUGUGUGAAUCGAAUGGGGGUCCAACAUUUGACAACACCGUUGACAGGUCAUUUGAAAGCAAGACGCAAUGUGAGGGUGUUGCCAAUCAUAGAGAAGACGAGAUAACAACUAGAAUUACCCUGUGGUGUCCUGGGAUAAAAUCAAAAUUCAACAUAAUAAUCAAACAUCAGAAGGAACUUCUACUGGAUUGUCUUCUGUUGCGAGUAUCUAGCAGUCUGACGAUAUUCCAAACAUUCAUUAAGAAUAGCCGUUCCUCGCAGUACCGAUAUAUUCCGUGCCCGAAUGAUACAUUACAAUCACCAAACGCAACUUUUACUAUAUACGGAGUGCAAGGAACAAUGUUGAACGGUACCUGGUACACAAUUAUUGCGGGAGGCAAGGAAACAGUACAUAUGGCGAACGGGGUGAACAAAGGUGACCUAGUUAUGGCAAUACGACCCCUGGACACAUUCCUAACUCUACUAGAAGAUGGGCCUAGUCAGGAACCGUACAAUAUAGAUGUAAUCGACAUCGCCCCACAGCAAUACAUGGUGAUAGACGUAAAUCCAAUGCAUGAUCAUACGAACGGCUUCAUCGUCAUCCUCCAUCAAGUUAACCCUCCAGUGGCCUGCACCAUGUUCCACUACGGUUCAGCAGCAGAUUUUGUGAUCCCAAGCCUCCUACAUCCCGCUACAGAGUAUAAACUACAGUUCUUCAGGAUUCGUUCGAUACAUGCCACAGAUGACGUGUAUAUAGGGAAUUCACACUCAACUGUGAUCAAGUUCACCACAUACAUGACUCAGAACGAGGUGUUGGAACUUUACCAGAAAGCUGUGAGAUUCCUGUCAGCUCACUCUGCAAAUUUUACAAAUAUUUCCUUUUUCUAUCGGAAUAAAUCGGACGAGUAUUACAGCCGAAUUAUGAAUACAGAUGGCGUCAUGCACAAGUACCUCAAAAACUGGGGAGGAGAUCAGGCCUCGACACUCAACAGAAAAAUAGAAGGUCUGUUCUUUAGCGCAAAUAUAGAUCCAGUGACACUUGCUCCCCCCAAUAUUUCAUUUUUUGGUUCAGUGAGGUUGCAUGUUCCGACGUAUUUUCUUUUGAACCGCAACGUCAAUAUGUACUUCUCUGACUUUUACUGUCAUCGUGUGAAUCACAAGGUCCAAAUUGUCCUGACGGUCAAGGGCAGCCCUACUGACCGCUUCUGUCGACAGCGGCUUGUUUUGCUUGAUUCAACCAACAACCCCUUCCUCAUCAGAGCAGUGUACGGAUUCAGUGAAAUCGUCCGAGUAACAACGAACAUUACAGUGGAAGUUUUCUACACCGAGGACGUUCCAAUCAAGGCCAUGAUGUGUUUCGACAACGUGUUCUUUACCAAGACGUCACAGGAGGGGAACGCUCUAAGCAUGGUAAAUGGCGUUCCGAAGAAUAAAGACUGUAGAAUAUGUAAUUUGGACAGUUUUCUUCGUGCUCAUAAUCUAAUGUGAUUCUGUCUGUUUAUAUCGAUAGACUUUUGUAAUGAGCACCGUUGAACAAAUAUCACUGGGUUUUUUAAACAGAUUUUUUUUCUGUUGAAAAAUGGCAGAUACACGCCGUAGAGGCAGUCGUGUGAUUAUCCACGUUAUUUACCGUAUUCUUUCUGCUCUAAACGGCGGUAAGAUAGUGUAAUAUUGAUUGUGAAUAUCGCAUUGAAAGCCCUAUCUAUAGUGAAUUUACUCUCGGAGGCAUUUAUAGAUACAACAAAUAAUCAUGACAUUUCCCGAAUCUCAUUUUAUGAACUUCAGGUAACCCGUCCACAUAUGUGCCUGGGUUUAUCGGUGAACUCAAAAUAACCCGUCUACUUAUAUGCCUCGGUAUCUCAGUGAUCUCAAAAUAAGCCGUCUUCUUGUAUGCCUGGGUAUCUCGGUGAACUCAAGGUUACCCGUCUACGUACAUACCUGGGUAUCUCGGUAAACUCAACGUAACCCGUCUACAUAUACCUGGGUAUCUCGGUAAACUCAAAGUAACCCGUCUACUUACAUCCCUGGGUAUCUCGGUGAACUCCAGGUUACCCGUCUAUUUUUAUACCUGAGUAUCUCGGUGAACUCCAGUCCAUUAAAGACAAGACGAAGUCUUUAUAACGGAAACAUUAUUUGCAUCUUGACAGCAAAACUUACCUAGAACAAUGAUGCCAUGAAAUGUUUAAGCUGGCAUCGGGACGGGGAAAUUCCUUAUCAAAGUGGCUUAGGGUGUGUAUAAAUAUGCAUAGUGAUUAACGUAUACAAUCAAAGCUCACCACAGCUUGAGUUGUGCUCCUUCGGAGAAUACACAGAAACGUUAAGUGAGGUCGUAGCAACACGGAAAAAACAGCGUGAACUACUCCUGAAAUUAUCUUCUACAAAUGAAGUAAUUGAAUAAAGGCUCGAUCUCGAAUAUCAGACUACAGAACUGUAAGUUAUCCAAAAAGAGAACGAACUAGCAAAGAAAUUCACUGAAAAAUACGACUAUGAAUUAACAUUUACAAUGGGUAAGUGAGGCUUCAAACUUUCUAGGAAUAGCAAAAUACAAGUGUGGAGACCUAGACAAAAAUAUCUUAAUUAGAAAGACUAAGAAAUUCAUUGAUGAACGUUCGAGUGGGAUUGAAGGAUUGAAAAGGGCACCUAUACAUAUACUCCAAACAACGAAACAUUGUGCCAACAAUACGACAAUUAUUAAGCGCCUUGAGUUGACAUUAUUAACUUUUGAACACAAUAAACAGACAUUGCUUCAAUACAGAAGUAAAUGAAGAACGUUAAGUGACAGCUGGAACAAGGAGAAAGAAGACCAUUCUGAACAGCCCUCGACUACUGAAGAAAAGACAAUACGUCUCUUCCAAAACUAUUACACCACCAUCUCCUCUAGGUCUUUCGCCGACAAAAUUAAAUUCCAGAGCUUGUGCGCGCUGUUCCAUUUGAUCAGUUCUAACCUACCGUUGAGUCGUCGACGACUCCGUUCAAACAGAAACAUAUUUGGUGAUAAACAGUAUUCAAUGGGAUCAACAGUUCCGAUCUCGGUGUAUUUGACGGAAUUGAUAAGAACGCGUCAUCCUUGAAUGUUGUGCGCGCUUUCCUGUAUGAUAACUUCAAUACUUACACUUAUUUACUGUACUUCGCUCAGUCUCAGUCAUGGGAACACACUGCAUCAGCUCAUCUGAAUGUAGCGGACGAUGAAGCCAUUUAAAACAUCGACGGCAUCACGUUUUGGCAAACAGGUGUCCGUGUUCGAGAGUGGUUUCCCAGAAAUGUCUAUCGCAUUCAACAUGAAGAUACUUGCCAGCUAUGAUUUCAUGUGUUCGAACAUUGAAGGUGUUAUGGCUGGUAUGCUCUUCUGGAUUGUUUCCUUAAAUAUGACAUUAAUGUACAGUGAUAUCUCUAAGCAUUUGAUAAGAGUGGGACUCUUUAGUGUUACUGGUUACUUCUGUUUCGUUAAACCUGUCAAUAAAGUUGACCAUUUCAGUAAAAGAUGAAA